AGAACUGAAAAGAAUGGUAGAUAAUUUUGAAAGCUGAUGAAGAUGGGAAGAGGAAAGGGAAAGAGUUUUUCGCAAGAAGUUCUUUGAAGCUUCGAGUAGGGCCCAAAGGUUUUGGGGAUUAAAAGUGAGUGUGAAGCUGCUCAUUCUCCGCCCAGAGAAAGCCCCAACAUAUCUAUCCUCUUAUUUAUUUUUUCCAGUGGGCCAAUCCUAAUGCCAACUAAUCAGCCAGAUUCCAUUUUCCCUUAAUCAAAGAUGAUGUUGAAGAUGAAGACGAAGAUAGUGCACCGAUUAUUGGGCGGAUUAACCUAUUUGUUAGCCUUGUUAGUGAAUAAGCUUAUGACCAUGAUUGGGAACCCCAAACAGAGUCCUGCGUCCGAAUCCGAGGAGGAUAACGAAAGGUACGGCCUCAGUUGGAGGUUAGCCGUAGAGGCAAACAAUGUGCGUCCAUGGCGAACGGUCCCUCCUCAGUGCUUCAACCACAUCCACAACUACAUGUCUGGUGGCCAAUACCAUCACGACCUCAAACUCAUCGUCGACCAUAUUCUCUUCUACGCCUCUGACAUACCCCUCUCUCACGAUGGCUUCGAUGCCUGGAUCUUGGACGUUGACGACACUUGCAUCUCUAACAUUUCUUAUUACCAGGCCAAGCGAUUUGGGUGCGACCCCUUUGACUCCACCAUCUUCAAGGCAUGGAUCAUGAAGGGAAUGUGCCCCGCAAAUCCUGUGGUUCUUGGAUUGUUUAAUGCGUUGAAAGAGAGAGGAUUCAAAGUGUUUUUGCUAACUGGUAGAGACGCAGCAACACUCGGCAAAAUCACCACUGACAACUUGCAUACCCAGGGAUUCAUCGGCUACGAACGUCUUAUCAUGAGGACUGCUCAGUACAAAGGGCAAAGUGCAGUGAGAUACAAGUCAGUGAUUCGAAAGGAGAUAGAAGGACAAGGCUACAGGAUAUGGGGAAAUGUGGGAGAUCAGUGGAGUGAUCUCCAAGGAGAGUGUUUGGGCAAUCGCACUUUCAAGCUCCCCAAUCCCAUGUAUUUCAUUUCUUGAUCCAUCUAUUUACCAACCUACAAUGGUCAACCAUAAGCAGCUAGCUAAUUUCAUUUCGUCUUGUGCUCAAGAAAACGAUGCUUUUGGAUCAUUUUAGUUCAUGCUAUUAUCACCGUAUUAAUCCUUCAGAUGUUCAAGAUUAACAUAAUCAACCAAGACCACCUUAUUUAAUAUAUCUUUCCACCAAAAAAAGAGAGAGGGAGAGAAAAAAGAAACUUGCGUAAUGUAUCUUUGUGGGCGUGUACAUAUAUUAUAUUAUGAAUGCACGAGAAGAUAAAACGCAAGUAUACGAUCAAAAUAAAUGAUCAACAACACUUUUAAUUUGAAAAUAAUUAAAUGUUGUGACUUGGGUUUAUAU